CUCUGUCAUCGCGCUGACGUCAUUGUAUAACACAACGAGUGGACCUUGCUUGAUAUAAAAGCCGGUUCAGAAAGCUAUGACAGGAGUUAUCAUCAGGGGCGAUUACUGAAACUCUCAACAAUGACAUUUACACUGUUUUUCAUCAUACUGAUCGCGUGUCCUAUUGUCUCCAUGGGGGCGAAAUGGACAUACAAUGGACCUGAUGGAGAGCACCACUGGUCCACACAUUACCCAUUCUGUGGAGGGGCAUUCCAGUCACCCAUUGAUUUCCAAACACAGCUGCUGAGAUACGAUCCAAACCUUCCACAUAUCCAGAUCCAGAACUACAAUCUAUCAGCCAAUGAGCAGCUUACUCUCAGCAACAACGGACACUCUGUGCAGCUGUCUUUGCCCUCUCACAUGCACAUCACUAGCCUGCCUCACAGAUAUUCAGCAGCUCAGCUUCACUUCCACUGGGGCUCCUCCAAUCUACUAACUGGAUCAGAACACACUGUCAAUGGGAAGCGGUUUGCUGCAGAGAUGCAUGUGGUGCACUUUAAUUCUGACAAGUACCCCAACAUCUCAAUGGCGGUAGACAAGCAAGAUGGACUGGCUGUGCUGGGAGUUUUCAUUGAGAUUGGUGAUUCCAACCCCGUUUUUGACAAGUUUCUCAAAUACAUCAAUGGGAUAAAGUACAGAGAUCAGAAAAUACAGGUUCCAGCGUUUAACAUACGUGAGCUAUUGCCAGCCCGUCUGAAUGAGUAUUACCGCUACGAUGGUUCCCUGACCACACCACCCUGCUAUCCCAGCGUGCUAUGGACCGUGUUCAGGAAACCUGUCACCAUCUCCCAAAAACAGUUUUUGGCACUGGCCUCUGCUCUGUAUGCCUCUUAUGCACAAGAAUCUGCUCUUGUGCCACUUCACGGAAAUUACCGGAAGCCACAACUAACAGACAACAGAGUAAUUCUGGUCUCCUUCAAAGAUGGAAUUCAUGGAAUUCUUUCAGUUGCGUCCCCCUUUCAGAGGAGGCAAGUCAUCCAGAAGCUACUGGUGGGUGACCUUGCAGAUCUGGCCGAUGAUGGACUCAGUCAGCUUCUUCCGAAGCUGAAUCCCCUCCCUGGAGUGGAUAUCAAGUUGAAGAACUCCAAGACCCUCGGGAGCCAGGCCACUCAGAAUCAACAUUGGCCGAAGAACAAGGUUCCAAGUAACACUGUUGGGAAGAACAUGCCUACAAGUCCUUAUAUGGGCACAUUUGAUAUGAAUAAAGGGCUGUGCUUUGAAUCCCUAGAGAAGAAUGUCAUUCGUCAGCUACAGAGAUAUCACGCAAAGGGUCAGAUGGUCCAAGCUUUGAGAGAAGUCAUCUUCCCCGAGUUGAACCUCAGGAGUUAUUUGGACUGCAGGUCUGACCUGGAUCUCGAGACCAUAAGGCAACUUGUUCAAGGAAGACCAAGGGAUGAAGCCAUCGAGCUCGAACAAUCGCUGACCAAAGCCAUGCGUAGACAAAUUAGAAAGCAAAUCAAAUGGCAAAGAAACCCAAACCUAAAAAGCAUCAUGGGGCAUCCUCAAGACACGAUCGUCAAGAAACACAACUUGGAAUCUUCUUACAAUAGACUGCAACAUGUUGAAAGGGAAGAUUAGAGCCAAAGAGGGCCUCAACUAUCCCUGAAAGCUUAUGUUUUUGGCUGUCCGCUGUCACGCACACUCAGAAUAUUUAGUCAGCUUGGCUCCUAGGGCCAGCAUAACAACAUAACUAAUGUUUAUUUAGUUUGACGGGACCCGUAGCAGUACUACUCUAACAUUUUUGUUUAAGAGACUCAGAAAGCCUUUGUCUAAAACCUAUUUUGCUUUUGCAGUGCUUAAAAGUAUAGUUCAUGCAAAAAAUUAUUUACAUCUCACAUUUGAUUUUAUGACACUAUUGUUUAUGUUUAGAGGUUUUGUUGAUUUAAAACUUGAUGAAGCAUUAACUUAAAAGUGAAAGUUCACCCUAAAAUGAAAAUGCUCUCAUAAUUUAUUCACUCUCAUACCAUCCCAGAUGUGUAUGACUUUCUGCAGAACACAAACAAAGAUUUUCAGAAGGAUAUUUCAGCUCUGUAGAUCCAUACAAUGCAAGUGAAUUUGAAGCUCCAAAAAGCAUAUAAAGGGAGCGUAAAAUUAUUUAAUAAGACUCCAGUGGUUAAAUCCAUGUCUUUAGAAGCGAUAUGACAGGUGUGGGUGAGAAACAGGUCAAUAUUUAGGUCCAGUUUUACUAUAAACUCUCCUUCUACCCAGUUGGUGGUGAUAUGCAUGAAGAAUGUGAAUUGCCAAAAACACAAGAAGAAGAAAGUGAAAGUGGAGAUUUACAGUACAAUGGACUUAAAUAUUGAUUUGUUUCUCACCCACACUUAUCAAAUCACUUCUGAAGAUAUGGAUUAAACCACUUGAGUCUUAGUCAUACACAUCAGGGAUGGCAUGAGGGUGACUAAAUAAUGAGAUAAUAAAAUUUGUUAGGUGAACUAUCUCUAUAAAAACAUCCUCUUUCUGCAUAAAUUGUAAAAAAUUUGAUGCACCAAACAGUGGACAUUUUAUCUCAAGUCAUAUGGGUUUGAAACUACAUGAGUAAAUUUCCCUCAGAAUUUUACUUUUGGGUCAACUUGCCCUUUAAAAUGCAAACGCGACAAAAAUAGACAAUGUUGUAGCAGCGAUUUGGUGAACAAAUAAUAUUCAUGUUAUGCACCUGGUUUACAGAGGUUUUUUUUGUUAGUUUUUUGUAGUUUAGUUUCAGUUACUUUGAGUGGACAGUAUGUUAGACUUAGACACAAUGUUUCCUAGAUUACAAUCCAAACGGAUGUAGACAAAACCACAAUAUUGACAUUUUUCAAACUUUUCUCAUCCUGCAAACUAUCCAAUGAUAAGUCUGGACUAAAAGCUGGUCUGUUCUAAGCAUUAGUGAGUUUUUUGUGGGAGGUUAACCAUCUUAAUAUGUAAUAAAUCCAAUGCACAAAAGACAGAAUUCCAUACUGUCAUAUUUUUAAAUUUUAUUUGGGAAAGUUAAGCUUUAUGUCACAGUAAUUGUUUUCUGUGGUUAAAAGCGGUUAAGAGAUUAAAAGGGACAAAAUAACUAACUCAGCACUUUAAGUAUUUUUAACAUUCUUUAGUUCUCUAACACUGCGUUUUGCUGCUUUUAGGUGUGAUUUGAGACCAGAAAGAAAGCAGACACUGACUCACAUAUAGACCUAUAAUAUUUUUAGUACAAUGUCUAGAUUGUGAUGAAUUGUAAAAUAAAAGCACAAUAUAAAUGACAAAUGUAUUGCU